GCUCCAUUACUAAUAUGUGUCCAAAACACUAUUUCGAAAAACCGAAGAAAUUAAAUCACAAACCAUGGUAGCUCCCAUCUCCAAAACCCAGCUCACAGUUCUCUCCUUCCUCUUAGCCCUAGCCCUAGUUUUGGUUCUUGGAUCAGCCCAAUAUGGUUUCGUCAGUGCCAUGGAUAGGAAGCUUCUAGGGCUAAAAAAGGAAAAGUUUAGCCACUUCCGGUUCUACUUGCAUGACAUAAACAGCGGACAAAGCCCAACUGCCAUGAUGAUAAUCCAACCUCCGGCCAAUAAAUCGAAAAGCGAGUUUGGCUCGGUUAGCACGAUCGGUGAUCCAUUGACAGAAGGGCCAGAAUUAAGCUCGAAGUUGCUAGGAAAAGCUCAAGGCUUUUAUGGCUUAGCUUCACAAGAUGAGGUUGCCCUACUUAUGGCUAUGAACUUUCAUAUAGUUCAAGGAAAGUACAACGGGAGUACUAUCACCAUUCUUGGUCGAAACCAAGUGCUCGAUAAGGUUAGAGAGAUGCCUGUGAUUGGGGGCAGUGGACUUUUCAGGUUUGCACGGGGCUAUGCUCAUCUUAGUACUCACAAGUUUGACCCUUCUAAUAGAGAUUCUGUAGUUGAGUAUAAUAUUUAUCUGCUCCAUUACUAAUAUAAUACCAUAUGCAUUAAUUUAUAUUAAUAUAUGAUUUCGUGGGAAUAUUUUGUUAGAAUUAAUGGGAUGUGUUUUUAUGUAUUAUAAAUCUUAGCGACUUUUAAGU